AUGUUAGGUAUUUUUAUAUUUUUAUUUAUAUUGAGUUUGUGUACCUUUGUUUGUUCAUGGGAAGUUAUUCAGUUUGGGUUGUUUUUUGUAAGUUUUUUGAGUCUACUAUUUAUCUAUCGUUUUUCUGGGUUUAACUGUUUUUCUUUAAUACUAGGGGGAGAUUUGUUAAGUUAUUCUUUAUUUGGAUUGUCUUGUUGAAUUUGUUCUUUAAUGUUAAUGGCUAGAUAUAAGGUUUAUAAAAAUAAUAAUGAAAAGGUAAAGUUCUCAUUCUUGGUUGUUUUGAGUUUAGUUUUUUUGUUUUUGAGAUUUUGUUGUUUAGAUUUAUUAUUUUUUUAUGUUUCUUUUGAAUCUGUUUUAAUUCCUACUUUGUUAAUGAUUAUUGGUUGAGGGGGUCAGCCUGAACGUCUUCAGGCUGGGAUUUAUAUGCUUUUUUAUACAUUAUGUGCUUCUCUACCUUUUUUGGUAGGUAUUUUUAGGUUAUAUGGAUGUGAGGGGAGUGCGGUGUUUUAUUAUUUAGAAUUGAAAGGGGUAAGUAUGGGGUGGUUUUGAUUUUUUGUAUUUGUUGUUGCUUUUUUGGUGAAGCUUCCUAUGUUUUUAUUUCAUCUUUGGUUACCAAAGGCUCAUGUGGAGGCUCCUAUUGCAGGGUCAAUGGUGUUAGCAGGGGUUUUAUUGAAGCUAGGGGGGUAUGGAUUGUUUCGGGUAUUAUGAUUAUUUCAGAGUUUUGUAAAAAGUCAGGGUGGAUGAUUGGUAAGAGUAGGAUUAAUUGGGGGAUUAUUUACUAGAUUUAUUUGUAUGCGUCAGGUUGAUUUGAAGUCUUUAAUUGCUUAUUCUUCUGUUGGUCAUAUGGGAAUUGUUUUAGGGGGUGUAAUAACACUAAGAAGAUGAGGAUGUGGGGGGGCUCUUUUAUUGAUGGUUGCUCAUGGAUUGUGUUCUUCUGCAUUAUUUUGUUUAGCAAAUGUUGUGUAUGAACGCUUUUUUUCUCGAAGAUUAGUGUUGUUAAGGGGUAUAAUAAGAGUGUUUCCUUCGUUGGCUUUAUGAUGGUUUUUGUUUUGUGUGUUUAAUAUGGCGGCUCCUCCUUCAAUAAAUUUAUUUGGAGAGAUUUCUUUAAUGGUGAGAUUGGUGGGAUGAAGAGAAUGAACUGUAGUAUGUUUAGGGAUGUUAUCUUUUUUUUCGGCUUAUUAUUCUUUGUUUAUGUUUUCUUCUACACAGCAUGGAAAAAGUUGAGCAGUUUUUUGUAUUGAAGGGGUUAAUUUUCGUGAAUUUUUGUUGUUACUUUUACAUUUAGUUCCUUUAAAUUUAUUGAUUUUGAAUCUUGAUUUGUGAUUAUAUUGAUUUUAG